AUGGAUGUUUCCGAAGAUCUAGCAAGGGAUUACCCUCCAAGACUUUACCCUGAAGGGGCUUCUAUUUUUGAAAACAAAAGCAUUAAUACGAAUAGCCAUUUUUCUGAGAUCCCUCGACUUAGAGAAGCAAUUGGAAUAGAUGUGUGGGAAAAUCUGAAGACGUGUCCUGUUGGAUUGAUUGCUAAACUGGCUGAGAGCAAAUUGGUGUGGUCUGGUAAGACCGUACAUUAUCUAUUUUGUAGACAGCUGCGAGUCUAUAAGAAGGAGAUUUGGUCUCUCGUUGUUGAUCAACCUCUCAAGUUUAGCUUAACAGAAUUUGGUGAGAUCACGGGUUUAAACACAAAUCCACUGCCAGAAGAAAGUUUUGAACCUGAUCCAGAGAAUUACAAAGCGUUGUGGGAGUUGUUGAAAGUGCCGCUUAGGUACGGACCCAAGUUUGAUGAACUUAUAGAAGCUUUAACAGAGUGUCCAUUCUGGAGUGCUGAUCAGCGGAAAUGGUAUGGGCUGUUGUUUCUUCAAGCCAUUGGACUUUAUGGCUUGCAUCAUAAUUGUAGAAUACCUUUUGAAAGUGCAAAAAGAGUAUUCGAUGAUGACGCCCUGAUGACUUAUCCUUGGGGAGGGUCGUACACCCUUAGCGGCUUCAAGGACGUGUUGUUGGUUUGGGCGUAUGAAUCUGUCAUAGUGUUCGGAGAGCUUUAUGGCAGAAAAGUGAAUCCAGACGAAAUUCCGCUUUUGCGAUGGGGUGGAAGUCGUACUCGUGCAAGUCUUGCUACUACAAUAGCUAAGGAGAUGAAUGAUCAUGGAACGGUGCGUGUGAGGAAAAUGGUGAUGAAGGAGGGUCUAGAAGAGCUGUUUCCUCAGUGGAAGGAUGAAGCAGAUGACCCACAACUUGAUAACCUAAUUAAAGAUAUACAUGCAGAUAGGUUUGUUAGAGAUUUUUAUGUGCAAUCGAAUGAGAAGAACAAAAAAACGAAGGCUGGAGUUUCGUCAGAGGUUGAGCCACCCUCAAAGAAGCAGAAGAAAGGUAAGAAACAGAAGGAGGUGAAAAUCAAUGAGGGUGAAACUGCUGUUGUAGAGGAGAAGGAGAGUGCAAAGGAGAAGGGUCGUAACGAAGCGGUUCUGAUGAACAUAGUUGCUCAUCUCGAGAAGUUGGACCAAAAAUUUGACUCGAGAUUAACAGAAUACGACACCAAGUUUGGAGAUUUUUCCCAAGGCCUUUUGGAUACCAUUGGAGAUACAGUGAAAACUACAGUUGAAGAGCGUCUGAGAGUUUUGGGGGUGUCCAAUAGUAGUCAACCUGAAGGUCAACACGUGAUGGUCUCAGAAGACAACCAACAGCCGGAGUCCAAUAGUGGUCAACCUGAUGGUCAAAACGUGAUGGUCUCAGAAGACAACCGACAGCCGGACUCCAAUAGUGGUCAACCUGCAUCUAAGACCCCUAUUGAUAAACAGUCCGAAGACAGCCAACCGCAAAAGACCCCUGAUAAAGGCUAA